AUGGCACCAGCAGCCCUCCUCGAGACGCCCAACAUCAACGAGAACUUCAACGACCACAAAGAUGGUCUCGCUCUCGAAGCAACGUCGGACGCCGUCGACGAAGUCAACGUCCUCAAGGCCGCAAUGCGAGUGAAGAACGGGACCGCCACCCAAGAGGAAGUCGACAUCUACGAGAAGUCCCAGUUCGACUCGGAGAAGGACAAGACGCAGUUCCGGCAGUACGAGGACGCCUGUGAUCGCGUCAAGAACUUCUACAAGGAGCAACACACCAAGCAGACCGUCGCCUACAACCUCAAGGCCCGCAACGACUUCAACUCCAAGACGCGUGCGGAGAUGACCAUCUGGCAAGCGAUGGAGAAGCUCAACACGCUCAUCGACGAGUCCGACCCGGACACCUCGCUCUCCCAGAUCCAACACCUCCUGCAAUCCGCCGAGGCGAUCCGCCGCGAUGGCAAGCCCAAGUGGUUCCAGCUCGUCGGCCUGGUCCACGACCUCGGCAAGCUCCUCUUCUUCUACGAUGCUCGGGGCCAGUGGGAUGUCGUGGGCGACACCUUUCCCGUCGGCUGCCGCUUCGACGAAUCCAUCAUCUACCCGGGCACCUUCGAGGAGAACCCCGACAUCAACGACCCCAUCUACAGCACCCAGCACGGCAUCUACACCCCGGGCUGUGGCAUGGACAACGUCAUGCUCAGCUGGGGUCACGACGAAUACCUGUACCACAUCUGCAAGGAGCAGAGCACUCUGCCCGAUGAGGCCUUGGCCAUGAUCCGAUACCACUCCUUCUACCCCUGGCACUCGGCCGGCGGCUACCAGUGGAUGAUGAACGAGAAGGACGAGAAGAUGUUCCAGGCCGUCAAGGCUUUCAACCCCUACGACCUGUACAGCAAGAGUGACGAUAUGCCUGACGCGGAGGAGCUCAAGCCGUACUACAUGGAGCUCAUCAACACCUACUUCCCCCCGAGGGCGGGCGAGACAGAGCGUGUCAUCAAGUGGUAG